AUGGAGCGAAAUCUGCGGGUCGACGGCAAGCGCCUCUGGGACAGCCUGAUGGAGAUGGCGCAGAUCGGCGCCACCGAGAAGGGCGGCGUCUGCCGCCUGGCGCUCACCGACCUGGACCGGCAGAGCCGCGACCUCUUCGUGCGCUGGUGCGAGGCGGCCGGGUGCAGCGUGACCGUCGACGGCAUCGGCAACAUCUUCGCGCGCCGCCCCGGACGCAACAACGCGCUGCCGCCGGUGGUGACCGGCAGCCAUCUGGACAGCCAGCCAACCGGCGGCAAGUUCGACGGCGUCUACGGGGUGCUCGCCGGCCUGGAGGUGGUGCGCACGCUCAACGACGCCGGCUACGAGACCGAGGCGCCGCUCGAGGUCGCAGUCUGGACCAACGAGGAGGGCUCGCGCUUCCCGCCGGCCACCUUCGGUUCCGGCGCCUUCGUCGGGGAAUUCGACCUGGAGACCUGCCUGGCGACGCGCGACGUGGACGGCAGGAGCGUGCGCGCGGAGCUGGAGCGGAUCGGCUACCUCGGGCCGGAGCCGGUCGGCCGGCACCCGAUCGGCGCCUACUUCGAGGCCCAUAUCGAGCAGGGCCCGAUUCUGGAGGCCGAGGGCAAGACCAUCGGCGUGGUCACCGGCGGCCAGGGCCAGCGCUGGUACGAGGUGACGGUCACCGGGCAGGAGGCCCAUGCCGGGCCGACGCCCAUGGCCCGGCGCCGCAACGCCCUGGUCGGCGCGGCGCGCAUGAUCGAGCGGGUCGACCGGAUCGGCUUCGACUUCCAGCCGGACGCCUGCGCCACGGUCGGCAUGAUCCUGAACCGCCCGAACUCGCGCAACGUCAUCCCCGGCCAGGUCUGGUUCACCGUCGACUUCCGCCACCCCGACGGCGAGCGCCUGGCCGAGAUGGACGCGGCCCUGCGCCGGGACUUCGCGGAGAUCGCCGAGGCCGCCGGCCUGGAGCUGGAGAUCGCGGAGAUCUGGACCCUGCCGCCGACGCCCUUCGACCCGGCCUGCGUCGAGGCGGUCGAGCGCGGCGCCCGGGCCGGCGGCUACGCCUGCCGCCGGAUGGUCUCCGGCGCCGGCCACGAUGCCGUCUACCUCGCCAAGGUCGCGCCGACGGGCAUGAUCUUCGUGCCCUGCGAGGACGGCAUCAGCCACAACGAGAUCGAGAACGCGACACCCGAGGACCUGGAGGCCGGCUGCAACGUGCUGCUGGCGGCGCUGCUGGAGCGGGCCAACGCGCCGGACAGCAUGGACGGGGCAGAGGGCGACGGUCUGCGGCAACGCUUGGAGGCCCGCGCGGCCGAAGUGACGACGACACUGGAGGCGUUGCUGCCCGCUUCCGCGGCGCCCUACGCGACGGUGAUCGAGGCGAUGCGCUACGCCAGCCUGGGCGGCGGCAAGCGGCUGCGCCCCUUCCUGGUGGUGGAGAGCGCGGCGCUGUUCGACGUCGCGCAGGCGCAGGCCCUGCGCGCCGGCGCCGCGGUCGAGAUGGUGCACUGCUACAGUCUAGUGCACGACGACCUGCCGGCGAUGGACGACAGCGACCUGCGCCGCGGCCGUCCCACCGCGCACAAACGGUUCGACGAGGCCAUCGCCAUCCUGGCCGGUGACGGCCUGCUGACCGAGGCCUUCACGGUGCUGGCCGACCCGGCGACCCAUCCGGAGGCCGCCGUGCGCAUCGAGCUGGUCGCCGCCCUGGCGGCGGCCAGCGGCAAGGACGGCAUGGUCGGCGGCCAGAUGAUCGACAUGUCGGAGGGGCGCCACGCCCUGGACCUGGCGGGGAUCAAGACCCUGCAGGCGCUGAAGACCGGCGCGCUGAUCAAGUUCUCCAGCCAGGCCGGCGCGAUCCUCGGCCAGGCCGAGGCGGAGGCGCGGCAGCGCCUGGCCGGCUACGCCGAGGACCUGGGGCUCUGCUUCCAGAUCGUCGACGACCUGCUGGACGUGACCUCGACGGCGGAGGACCUGGGCAAGCCGGCCGGCCAGGACGAGGAGAUGGGCAAGGCUACCUUCGUCGGCAUGCUGGGCGUCGAGGGCGCGCGGGCCGAGGCCGCCCGCCUGGCCGAGUCGGCGGCCGAGCGGCUGGCGCCCUUCGGGCCGCGCGGCGAGACGCUCCGCAGCGGGCCGCUGUCCGUCGGCGUCACCGUCGACCUGCACCGCGGCCCCUCGGCCGGCGGCCACGUGCGCUGCUGGGAGCGCUUCGCCGCGGCCGCCUGCGCGCUGCCCGAGGCGCUCGACCUGACGGUCUACGUCCUGGGCGCGCGCGAGACGGUGGAGACGCUGGCGCCCAACGUGCGCCUGCACGCCCUGCCGCCGCGCCUGGGGACCGAGCGGAUCCCCUUUCUGGAGCAGGGCGCCGGCGACACCGACCUGGCCGGCUAUCACCCGCGGCUGGCCGCCCUGCUGCCGCGCCAUGACGUGCUGCACCACACCCACGCCUUCGCGCUGAGCCGCACCCUGGUGCGGGUGGCCCGGCGCCACGGCAUCGCGUUGACCGCCUCGCUGCACACCGACCUGGAGCGCUUCACCCGCCACUACACCGCCGAGAUCCUGGGGCGCAGCCUGGCCGGGCGCAGCCUGCUGCGGCGCCUGCACCUGGACGCGGUCUUCGCCCGGCGCGAGGCCAGCAAGGUGGCGCGGCUGCUGCGGCCCUGUCAUCGCGUGCUGGUGUCGCGCGGCGAGGACAUCGACCGCUACGCGCCGCUGGUCGGGCCGGCGCGGCUGGGGCGCCUGCGCCGGGGCGUCGACACGGCCGGUUUCUCGCCGGCGCGGCGCGACCGUGCCUGGCUGCAGCGCGACUUCGCGAUCGCGCCGGACACGCCGGUGCUGCUCUUCGUCGGGCGCGUCGACGAGACCAAGCGGGUGCUCACCUUGGCGCGGGCCGCCCGCCGCCUGCUCGACGCCGGGCGCCGCCUGGCGGUGCUGGUCGUCGGCGAGGGGCAGGCGCAGGCGGCGGUGGGCGCGCUGCUCGGCCCCGCGGCGGUGCUCGCCGGCCAGCUUCCGGAGGCGGCGGUGCAGCGGGCCUACGCUUCCGCCGACCUCUUCGUCUUUCCCUCGGAGAGCGAGGUGCUGGCCAACGUGGUGAUCGAGGCUCGCGCCUCGGGCCUGCCGGUGCUGGUGGCCGCCCACGACGGCGUGUCCCAGAGCCUGGCGGUGCCGGGCGAGGACGGGCUGGUGGUGGCGGGGCAGGACCCGGCGGACUGGGCCGUGGCGAUCGCCGGGCUGCUCGACGACCCGCAGCGGCGCGCCGCCAUGGGCGCGCGGGCGCGCGAGACGGUGCUGGCGUCCUGGCCGAGCUGGCGGCAGGUGCUGGAGGAGGACCUGCUGACCGCCUGGCGCGCGGCCGCGGCCGAAGCCGGCGAGGCGGUCCACCUGCUGGGUGAUCUGGGCGAUCAGGCGCUCGACGCCGCCGCUCUUGAGCACCGAGGUGAACUCGCUGCGGCGGGUGGCCAGCUCGCUGAUGUUGCCGUCGAGGUAGACGUCGAUGAUCCGCCAGUCGCCGGUCUCGUCCUCGCGGAUCAGGUAGUUGAUCGGGAUCACCUCGCCGGCGCCGGUGACCAGGCGGUUCUCGACGAUGGUGCCGCCGCGCGGCGCCUCGGUCGUGCCCUCGAUGCGCCAAGCCUCGCCGGAAUAGCCGUCGAAGCGCGCCGCGAAGGUGGAGACGCUGAGGUCGACGAAGUGGUCGACCACGGCCUGCUUUUCCUCGGUGUCGAACUGUGCCCAGUAGCGCCCGGCGGCGAGCCGCGCCAUGCCCGGCAGGUCGAAGGUCUCCUGCAGGACCGGCGCCAGGUAGUCCUCGCGGCCCUUGAAGCCCAGGCUGUCGGCGUUGCGCAUGACAUGCAGCAGGGCCCGGUUGACCGUCUCCACCGUGGCGGUGGGCGUUUCGCCGGCCCGCGCCGGGGCGCCGGCCAGCCCCCCGACCAGUCCCCCGACCAGCAGCAGCGCCGCGGCGCCGGCGGCCAGAGCGCCGGUCAGACGGCGCAGGACGACGCGAAGAUUGACGCCCGGCGAGGCGAAGGCUUUGUUUGCGGCAGCAAGCACGAGGACUCUCCAGAUCACAGGGCGCGGAUGAAUUCCGUCAAUCCGCGAGAGGGGUGGCUUUCCACCUGGGUCGCCACGCUGCAGCGCCGGGCUUGGCCCGCCCUGCUCGUCGUCGCGGUCUUCACCGCCCUGUGCCUGUGGUACGUCGUCCAGGGCCUGGGCAUCGACACCGGCACCGCCGACAUGAUCGCCGAGGACGUCUCCUUCCGCCAGAACGAGGCGCGCUUCGACGCACUCUUCCCGCAGUUCUCCGACACCAUCGUGGCGGUGAUCGACGCGCCGACGCCGGAGGAUGCGUCCAACGCGGCCGCCGCCCUGGCCGACCGGCUGGCGCAGGCGCCCGCGCUGUUCCGCGAGAUCUAUCGCCCCGGCAGCGAGGCGGUCUUCGCCCGCGCCGGCCUGCUCUAUCUGGAUCAGGAGCAGCUCUACGCCCUGUCGGACCGGCUGGUCGCGGCGCAGCCGCUGCUGGGUCUGCUGGCUGAGCGUCCGGACCUGCGCGGGCUCGCCGAGGUGCUCGAGCAGGCGGCCGGCCGGCCCGAGAUGCUGGCCGGGGGCGACGCGGGCGCGGCCCUGGCCAACCUGCUCGGGCGCAUGGCCGCGGUGGCCGAAUCCCAGGCGGUGGGCGUGCCCGACGCGCUGUCCUGGCAGAGCCUGGUGACCGGCGAGUCGGGAUCGCUGGCCGCCUCGCGCCGCUUCCUUAUCCUGCGCCCGGCGCUGGCCGAGGGCGCCCUGCAGCCGGCGGCGACGGCGAUCGAGCGGCUGCGCCGCGAGAUCGAGGCCCUGGAGCUGACCGCGGCACGCGGCAUCGAGGUGCGCCUGACCGGUCCGGUGGUGCUGGACCAUCAGGAGCUGACCUCGGUGGAGCUGGGCGGCUCGACCGCCGGCCUGCUCUCCUUGCUGCUGGUGGCGCUGCUGCUGGGGCUCGGGCUGCGCUCGGGCCGACUGGUGGCGGCGAUGGUCCUGACCCUGCUGGUCGGCCUGAUCUGGACCGCCGCCUUCGCCACCCUGACGGUCGGCAGCCUCAACCUGAUCUCCGUGGCCUUCGCCGUGCUGUUCAUCGGCCUGGGCGUCGACUUCGGCAUCCAUGCCUGCCUGCGCUACCGCGAGGAGACGCGGGCCGCCGCGCCGCGGCCGCUGGCCGCCGCCUUCGGCGGGGCGGGGCCGGGCAUCCUGCUCUCGGCGGUCUGCGCGGCGGCGGGCUUUUUCGCUUUCCUGCCGACCGACUAUCGCGGCCUGGCCGAACUGGGCCUGAUCGCCGGCGGCGGCAUGAUCGUGGCGCUGGUGGCCACCUUCACCGUGCUGCCGGCGCUGCUGGGCCUGUGGCCGCUGCGCCGGGUCGCCGCGCCGCGCCGGGGCCUGUGGGGCGGCCGGCGGCUGCCGCGCCUGCCCCAGACCGCGACGCUCGCGCUGGCCGCCGGGCUCAGCCUCGGCGCCGCCGCCGCGGCGCCGCAGGGCGAGUUCGACUUCGACCCCAUCAACCUGAAGGACCCGGCCUUCGAGUCGGUCGCCACCUUCUUCGAGCUGGCGGAGGAUAUCCAGACCACGCCCUACCUGAUCCACGUGGUGAGCGCGCCGGAGCAGGACGUCGCGGCGCUGGCGCGCGAUCUGGCCGCGGUGGAGCAGGUCGGCAGCGUCCGCCGGCUGGCGGAUUUCGUGCCCAAGGGGCAGGACGCGAAGCUGCCCGUGCUCGACGACCUGGCCUUCGUGGUGCAGCCGCUGCUGUUGGCCGAGCCGCGCCGGGGGGAGCUGGCGCCGGAGGCGCUGGACGCCGCCUUCGCGCGCUUGCAGGCGGCGGCCCGCAGCGCGGCCGGCCUGGCG